AUGGUUACCCAUCGGUCCCAGGAUCUUCAGGAAGGAACACCAUAUUCGGUCUAUCCGGGACCCGACAUCAUUGCAGGAGUGCUAUCGACGUUUUGUGGUAUCCGCGGCUCAACCAUCAUCGAUAUUGAGGCUGCUGUUAAGGCUUACGAGUUGCGUACCAAGAACAAGGCCGAGCUCACCAAGCAGCUCGAGGAGCUCAAGCAGGAGCUUGCCAGCCUUAAGGUCCAGAAGGUUGCCGGUGGCUCCGCUGGAAAGUUGACCAAGAUCUCUGCUGUCCGCAAGUCGAUUGCUCGCGUCAUGACCGUGAUCACCCAGACCCAGCGCGCCCAGCUCCGUCUCUUCUACCAGAAGAAGAACUUCUUGCCCUUGGACCUCCGCGUCAAGAAGACCCGCGCCAUCCGUCGCCGUCUCACCAAGCACGAGGCCUCCGUCAAGACCGUCAAGCAGACAAAGAAGGACACCCACUUCCCUCUCCGCAAGUACGCUGUCAAGGCCUAA